UGAUUGGUUGAUCACAGAAAAAAGGCGGGCCUCACUACAGCUGUGUUGAUGAGAGUAAUUGACUCUGACAAUGGUUGACUGAGGAGGCGAAAACGAUGUCUCUGCAGCAACAUGAUGUCAGCUCAGAAGGAGACGGCCAGUUCAGAGGACCAUCUACUCAAAACACCUGAACAGGACCCCAGCUUACCAAGGGUCAGGCAGCUUUCUCCAGGUCAUGGACGUAAACUGGCCCAGACAAGGAAAAUGCCAUACAGAAGGGAUUUUAAAGAAGAGGAAAACCCUGAAGAGAAGGCACGUCGCCGCAAAGAGCAGGAGCUAUAUCCUCUGUAUAAGGAGUUGUUGUACACCAUUACACACAAAAUGGGCAAGUCGACAUCAGCUGAGGUCUUCACGGAUAACCAACUUCACCAGUUCAUUCAAGAGGCUAUGACCGUGACAGAGUCAGAGCAUGAUGCUCUGCUGGAACAAAUACAGAACGUCGAGGCGCCUGUCUACUGCCUCAUGGCCACUGUAAAGGAAGCCAGUGGAAUCCUGGGAAAAGAUGUCAGUGGUUUCAGUGACCCCUACUGCUUGCUGACCAUCCUGGAAGACGAAAAAGAGAGCCGCACACGUCGAUCCAGAUCCAAAGCCUCUAAAUAUGUGGUCAAGGAUGCCGUGUCUGAUGAUAAGAUUUAUCAAACACACAUAAAGAAGCAAACUCUCAACCCCAUUUGGAACGAAACCUUUAUACUGGAGUUUGAAGAUGUGGGGGGUGCCAGCUUCCACCUUGAGAUGUGGGAUAAGGAUGAGGAGAUAUCGCUCACUCAGAAACUUGAGGAGUUCAAAACCAACUUUACUAGUUUAAGAAGAAUGAUCAAGGAGGCCAAAAAGGAGAAAGGAACGGAUGACUUUUUGGGGAAAAUUGUCAUUAAACUCCAGGACCUCCACUGUACUGAAGACAACUGGUACAGGCUGGAGCCCAGAACAGAGACGUACCCAGACCGUGGACAAUGUCACCUGAACCUCAAGUUCAUCCAUAAAGAGAGAGAUGGGACACUAAGCGCAGGUCGGAACGCUUACGUCAACUAUUGUGGGAUCCUGCAACAAUUUGUCCUGUCUUACAUUUCCAAACAAGAGAGUUGUGCUACGUGGAAAGGGGAAAUGCGUGGCGAGGCGCUGACUCUACUGGAGCAUUACGCUACGCAGAAUGACCUCUCACCUUUUCUCCAGGAUUUGGCGAAGUGGGUGGCUUACAGUAAGCUGUACCAAAGCUUGGAGGUGGACUCAUCUUUGCUGUUACAGCAGCUCACUAGCGUGGAGUAUCACUGGCAUCAACAGGAGCUACCACACCAACAGAAACGAGAACUCGGGGACUCUCUUCAUGGUUUCCUGAAAUAUGGACUCUAUUUAGUGUCAAAAUACAGAGAUGUGUUCUCCCCGACACCAAGUACUACUCCAAAGUUACACACACUGCUCAGAAUCUUGGUUCAAAUCUGCAAGACGCAGGCUUUCCGGAAAAUGAAUCCAGCUGAGUUUGAGCUCCAGGAGGAGGUCACUGAUGCCAUACAGACAGGUACACAGGAGUGGUUUACCAACAAAAAGGGUUUGCAUCAGCCAAUGACUAAGGAUUUGUCAGAGAUCUUGAGCGCCCUCUCCAGGUUGAUUGAGGAGGUGCGGGAUGACAUAAAACUCAACAAGGACGUCUGGAAUCGAAUAUUUGUGAGCGCAGUGCAAGUGGACGUUUUCACAGAAGUCUACAAGAAGUUCGAUUCCCUGCUUGCUACUGAGGUCAGAGAAACCUUAUCGCUGCUGGAAGGUCAGACUGAUCAGAGACUUGCCAACAGCCUGUUUCCUAUUUACCUGAGCUUGCAAGCCAUCCAGAAGGACAAGGCCUUCUUACAGAAAAGGGGUCUACUCAAGCUCACAAACUUUCAUGAGAACUUCAGAGAGGCUCAGCCUUACUGGCUCAACCAGGUGUUUAUCACCACCAUGGACAGAGUGGAGCGGGCUGUCAAGGUGGACCAGCUCCAGCCCCUGCAGUGUGGGGCAGUGCCCAUUAAGCACAGCUCCUCAGCAGUGGACCUGGUGGCAUGCAUCCAGCCCGUGUGUGACCUGUGGAAACAGAUGUCGUGGCCCGACCCCGAGGAGGCGUUCAUGCUAAUGGUCAAAAUCACUGAGGAUGUGUGUAAGAUCGUGGUGACCUACUGUCAUAGUCUGAAGGACCGGGUCAGGAUUCUGUCAGAGAACUCAGACCACGGAAGUGCAAUCAAUAUGCUGUGUGUGGUGGUGAACGACCUUGAAUACUUGCGGUCUGUCCUGGCGCGACUUCCCACGCAGUUGAACUGGGCGGGGCUUAGAGAGCGCACCAAUCACGUCAUCGGGGAGAAUCAGUUCCAGAACACGCUGCCAUCGCAGGUGCAGCAAGCUCAGAGUAUCCUGGAUCGAGAGAUCCGCUCGGCUUUGGACACGCUGGGUAAAAAGUUGAACACAGACAUCGAAACCCAUGUCAGAGGCAUGACAAGCAGGUGGAGGAUUCCGUCCAAAUCCACAGAAGACGCUGCAGGCCCUCUCAUGCGCUACCUGGAACAAGAGCUGCAUUACAUGAAUGAAAAUCUGGUUCAAGAGAACUUCAACAGUCUCCUCACUCCUUUAUGGAACACCUCGGUGAAGGUGCUCCACCAGAUGGCUAAUGAGCAUGUGCAGCAGGAAGGGUUGAUGGUGUUCUGUCAAAGGCUGAUCUACAUACUUCAGUGCCUAGAGCAGUGUUUCCAUGGUGAAGGUAACGGACUUCCAUUGAAGAUGCUCCAUUCUGAAGAGUACGAGAUGCUCAAAGCCUACCUGGCGCACCAUUCGCUGAGCAGCCGCCAACUUGUGGAGAAGUUCCUGGAAGGAAAAAUCUGGGAGCAGAGAGUGGUUGGCGUUGAGAAAUAUGGCGCCGUCACCCUACUCACUUCCUAUCGGAGAUCCGACCAAAGGCUCAGAGUGGAAGUGCUGAACGCCGUCAGCCUUCUACCAAUGGACUCCAAUGGUUUAAGUGACCCCUAUGUGCAAUUAUGUCUGGAGCCUUAUCACACCUUCCCUCAGGUAGAACCAUGUUGCACUGGGAUCAAGAGCUGCGACCUAAACCCACUUUUUGAUGAGGCCUUUGAGUUCCUAGUGGGCCUGGAUCAGUGCCAGGCUCCAGGGGCGUGCCUGCUGGUGACGGUCCUGGACCACGACACCUUGGUGGCAGACGACUUCGAGGGUGAAGCCUUCCUGUCCCUCAAAGACAUACCUGGCGUUGCAAGAGGAGAGGAGCAGACAGACGGCCUGGGCUCACAUCCGGAUGCCCCCCCUGCCCAAAUACGCCUCCCCCUGAUGCAUCCAAAACCCAACGACGACAACAUCCUGAGCUUACUGGAGUCCAGGAAAAGCGAACGUGAAACACAAGCGUUUGUGAAGAAACGGCGACAAAGAGAGAAACAAUCCAAGGAGGGAAGUCAAGCAUAACGUUCACACCUUUUUCUUCCAAAAAUAUACAAUUUGCUUUAAUGAUCUGUACCAAAAAAAACUGAUUUGGAAACAGUGGAGUAGGAUAGAUUGUCUCUGUCCGGUCCACUUGUUUUGUCUAAUCAGUGCAAAAGAGAAUGACGUAAAUAAAGUACAAUGUCAGAGAAAGCUGUACUAAAGAUGCUAAAGAUGGCAGGUAUGAAAAGAAAAUUAAAAUUGUGUACAAUUGCGACAGUUACACCGAAAAGGGUGGUUUAAAAGACUACACCAAGUCCACUGAGUAUAUUUUUACCUUGAUUGUGUUCAUAUGCUUUCCUCUUUAUGUUUCUACCUGAGUGCUUUUAAGAGGCUGCAAUGUUGUAGAGUUCAUUCCAAAUCUUACAAUACACUUGAUCAACCUAGAUGAGCGCUACCUCAUAUGUUGGCCCCCUUUGGCUAUAGCGAUAUACAAUUAAUAACAAGGAUGGAACUAAAUAUGCCCUUUAACGUGUGUUACAUCAUACCUGAAGACUACUAAGACUUGUGAUAAUGUUAAACAAUAAAUAUGUUUAAGUCGGAAAUCCAUUUACACUUCUGUCAUGAUUCUAAAAUUACAUUUAGCCAGAAGUGACACAAAUGUAUAAAAGUAGAAUUUUUUUUUAUAAAUGGCAAUUUGUUCUUUGCUGAAAUGAGACUAUCCUGAUUGA